GCAAGACUUAUUCUCUGGUAGUGCAAACGCAACAAACGUACAUCAGUUUCCCAGCUUCCCAGAAAUUUUACAACACUGCUUGAUCACCGGACCUGGCCGCUGUGGCAAAACAUCCAUAUUGCUGCACUACGCCUACCGUGUCGCUUCGAGGGGAAAGUCAGUGCUCUUCAUUUGUCAGCGAGCAAAAAUUGAACAAGUGCCACCACUCCUUCCACCAGGAGUUGAUGGCCAUGAUGGCGCAUUCUCGAGAAUAUACAUGAGGUACUUGUCUACUGCUGCAGAUCUGCAGAAAAUUGCAGCAAGCCUACACCUGUUAGAUGAGCUUCCAGAAGCCAUCAUAAUCGAUGAUCUGAGCAGCUUUGUUGAUGCAAGGGGCGCUGAACAUGCUGGCGAGAAGCGACACAGGGAUGCGGUGCUUGUGAAGACUCUAUCAUUCCUGCACGAAGCCACUGCCUAUGCAUCGGAGAAUCUUGCAUUUGCUUCUCGAUUUCCUGGCGGUGCAAAGCGCAGCUGUCAUCUACUUGUUGCAGACCCUGCAGCAGAUGCCCCCCAGAGCAUGCACCUGAUGCAGCGCUGGUUGCCUUUGGUCCUCAUGAUCCGAGGCACCGGCCCGGACUUCAUACUGUCAGUGCUGCCACAAGCACUCAAGGCCAACAGAUUACCGGCGGCUUGUGCUGUGCAGCUCUGCUACCAUCUGGCGCCAUACUCUGCCAUAACGCUCACAGACAUCAAGCCGCCGGUUUUGGAAGCUGAUGCAACAGCUGUGGCCAUGUAG